CAUUCAAUUGCUUUCCCACUCGUGCGCAAAAUGAGCAACGGCCUUUCAGCAUUCAUCCAGCUUAGCGGUCCCGCCGUUGCGUCUUUUGCCUCCAAAUGACCCCUGGAUUACGCGGGGAAAUGCCAGCUCAGAGGCUUGUCAGUUCAGUUAGAUGCGGGGAGACAUAACGGUAUCCCUGGCACCCUAGAUGGUGCUGGGUGCCGAGAUCCGCUGUCAAUGACACCUUCGCCAUGGAAAGAAAAAGAAAAAAGAAAGAGACUCCCUGAUGGGAUUUUCUAGCCUGGCAGUUCGCAAGCUCUCGCAUCAGUCUCUACCAGUAUCCAUUCCACACAGAAGGAAAGAAACCGACGAUGAAGCUGUCCGUUGUUUCCCUCCUCCUGGGAGCUGGAUCGACACUCGCGGCACCUACCGAGCGCUCAGAUGUCGAUGACCGACAAGUACUCUGGCUUGCUGGCGACAGCACGAUGGCACCGGGUGGUGGACAUAACGGCACCCAGGGAUGGGGAGAAUACCUGCACUACUCUCUUGAUUCAUCAAAGAUCCGAGUCAACAACUCUGCGUACGCUGGAAGAAGCGCGCGCACGUUUACAAGAGAGGGCCGAUUUCAGCGCAUCAUUGACGAAGUCAAGGCUGGUGAUUGGGUUGUGAUUGAGUUUGGUCACAAUGACGGACCCGGAAACCCAAUCAACGAUACAGUCAAGAACCGAGUUGACUGCCCCGGUAUCGGUGACAACGUCUGUCCUGUGCCUUUUAACAAUCAAACGGAAGUUGUACGGACUUACACUACCUACCUCCGCAACGCCUCCUCAACCUUCCUCUCUCUCGGCGCCCGCGUAGUAAUCUCGACCUCGACCCCCAUCAACCCCUACUCGACCGGCAUCUUCCUGUGGACGCCGACCAUCUACUCGUGGUACUCGUGGUACGUCGUUGAGUCCCUCGGCGGACCCGCGGCCGGGAUCUACUACGUCCCGCACGGCAACUACAGCGCCCAGGCCCUUCAGGUGCAGGGCCAGCAGGCCGCUGUCGAGGGCUACCCGAUGGACGCCGUGCACAUGUCACCAAAGCUGGCGGACUCGUUUGCUGGGGCUUUUGUUUUGGGGCUUAAGUGCGGGACGUCGACGCUGCAGGAGUAUGUUGUUAAUGCUACGUCGAGACUGGAGGGCGAUAGGUUGGGGACUUGCCUUCAGGUUAAUGCCACUUUGCCCAUCUAAUUUCUCCAGAAGGCCUCAUCGAUGGGAUAAGCGUAUUAUCAUUUAAUUUGCAAACUUCAAUCAUUAGAGUCAAUAGACUACGUCAAGUGCUGUCACGAGUCAGUUAGCGAAAACCGAAGGGCCCGACUGGAUAGGAAGGUCACAAUCUCUGAAGAUUUAGGCAGGCUGGACCAGUAAAAUUCCAUGUGCAGCGAAUCACUUUUCAAAAGCUUCACUGUGUAAGUGUUGUCAAGAAUGACCUUCAAAGUUGGCGACUGAUUGUGGCUCGACAUUUGUUUGAAAUUGUGAGAAAAGACUUGGAUUAACUGCACCAAAGACUAGACCUAAACUUGGAAUAUAGCAGACACAGUCGCCAAAAUAAUUGAGGAAAAAGUGCUCACUAACCGUAUAUAAGCC